UUUUGGCGCGGUGUCGGCCAUCUUGGAAUCACAUCACUAGGUGGAAUAAGGCUUUCCUGUUUCAUGCUGCCGCAGCUCAUUGAUUACAUUCUGUCCGUUAAUUUAGAAGAAAGGCUGCCUUGAUUAAAAUUCAAACCACCAGACAACACUUGGUUAUCUGUUUUUUUAACUUCGUAGUGAAGCAAAAUCAGGAUUGCUCGUAAUGGCGACUGUUCGCGUUACUCCAAGCCGAGAAGCUGGUCGGCCAGCGGCCUCCACGCCUCUCUCCCCCGCCAGGAUAUCCCGCUUACAAGAGAAGCAGGAUCUGCAGCAUCUGAACGACCGGCUGGCUGUUUAUAUUGACCGUGUUCGAUCCCUGGAGCUGGAAAACGAUCGGCUGAUGGUCAAAGUGUCUGAGAAGGAAGAAGUUACUACAAGAGAGGUAACAGGCUUAAAGGCUCUGUAUGAGGCAGAGUUAGCUGAUGCUCGGCGGGUUUUGGAUGAAACGGCUAAAGACAGAGCCAGGCUUCAGAUUGAUCUUGGGAAGGUCCAAGUUGAACUGGAUGAAGCUACUCGAAGUGCCAAAAAAAAGGAUAGUGAUCUUGCUGCUGCAUUGUCAAGGGCCAAUGGAUUGGAAGGGCAGCUGAAUAAGAGUGAAGCAGCUCUUUCCACAGCUCUAAGCCAGAACACUGCACUCACUUCAGAACUUGCUGAUGUAAAGAACCAGCUGGCCAAGGCUGAAGACGGCCAUGCUGUGGCCAAGCGACAGCUGGAGGCUGAAACCCUCAUGCGUGUGGACCUGGAGAAUCGCUGUCAGUCACUCAGUGAAGACCUGGAAUUCAGAAAGAACAUAUUUGAGGAGGAGAUGCGAGAGAGUCGCCACCGACAGGAGCAAAGAAUCGUUGAGGUGGAUUCUGGAGUCAGACAGGACUAUGAGUCCAAACUGGCACUGGCUCUACAGGACCUAAGGAGGCAGCAUGAUGAGCAGGUGUCUCUUUAUAAGGAGGAACUGGAGCAAACAUUUCAGGCUAAGCUGGAUAAUGCCAAAGUAUCAUCUGAGAUUAAUGACAAGGCAAUGGGCGCAGCACGGGAGGAGCUGCAGGAGUGUCGUAUGAGAAUGGAGGGCCUUGGUUAUCAACUAAGUGCUCUGCAAAAACAGGUGACUGCAUCCGAAGACCGGAUCAGGGAGCUUGAAGACAUUUUAUCAGCAGAGCGAGACAAGCACCGUCGUGCCAUUGAAGGAAAGGAGCAAGAGAUGGCUGAGCUGAGAGACCGGAUGAAUGCACAGCUCAGUGAAUACCAGGAGUUGCUGGAUGUGAAGCUUGCUCUGGAUAUGGAGAUCAAUGCAUACAGAAAGCUGCUGGAGGGAGAAGAGCACAGACUGAAACUGUCUCCAAGCCCAUCCCCUCAAGUGAUGGUUUCCAGAGUAUCAGGAUCCUCCUCUACCCGUUCUUCCAAGAGGAAGAGAGCUGAAGUGGAGUCUCAGGAUUUGUCAAAGAUGGGGAAAGGAGAAGAACAGCUGUUGGUGUCAGAGGAAGCCACAGCUAAUGGAGCUGUCACCAUAUCACCCACUGACAUGGAUGGGAAUGCAGUCACACUGAACAAUGAGAGUGAACAGGACCAGCCUUUGGGCAACUGGAGACUGAAGAGACGGGUUGAUGAUGGAGAGGAGGUCAUCUUCAAGUUCUCUCCCAAAUUUGUUCUUAAGGCUGGACAGUCAGUGACGGUUUGGUCUGCUAAUGCUGGUGUAUCACACAGCCCACCUUCUGACUUGCUUUGGAAGAGCCAAGCUUCCUGGGGAACAGGAAGCGUCAUGGUUACCUCUCUGAACAAUGUCGACGGCGAGGAGGUCGCCAGGAGAAGCGUAACCAAGACUCAGAUGGAGGUUGAAAACGGGGAGGGGGAUGAAGAAGACAUGGCUCAGAAGGGCAAAGUGUCAUCGAGAGAGUGCACCAUCAUGUGAAGCCCUCUGGUUAUUUUUAAGUUUUUGAGCUACUUUCUCUAUUUUCAGUUUUUUAAAUGUGUUUUUUUUUUUAUUGAGAGACACUCGGGUGAUUUGAUCUGUUGUUCAUCAUCUGGUGUCUUUGUUGUUAAAGAAAAUCUUCCUCCUUAUGAAUAUGGGACAUCUUUUCCUCUGAAUAUAAAUAGUAAUAUGAGUGGAGCCAAAAAUCAAGUGGUGUUUCAGCUGAACGUCCCCACAUUAAUAUGGUAAAUGAGUGAAUGGAUGCUUUCAUUGGUUCUCCUUUGCUCCUCUACAACUGACACCGUGGUUGACACCUUCAAGACAAGCUAAGCACAGUUUUCUCUCCACUGCUUUCCUUUGAAAACCAGACCCCUCUCUAUCAGACAUCCUAGACAUUAGUUACCAGCCAGAAACACUUCUGUGGAUGUUAUGGUUUUCACCUGCAGACAUUACUUUAACUGCUGUCAGUUUCUGAGCAGAACUGGUCCAUCCCACUGAAUUUUAUCUGUAUUUUUCUGUCACUUUUUUUUUUUUUUUUUUUAUAUACAUAGGCUCAUUAGAUGAUCACUAAAUUCAUCAUCAACAUUUGUGUAUGGAAAUGUUUGAGUUUAAGAUUUUCUAUCUCAAUACUAAAGUGUGUAAACCAAUUUUAGCUGUUGAUAAAUGUAGAUCUGUCUGGAAUGUAUUUGCUGCCAUUGACUGGUUUGCUGUGUCGAUCUUGAUUGGCUACGUAAGAGCACGUAAAACACUAGAAGGUAAGCUUGCCAGCCCCCAGUACAGGAACAAUGUGUCCCAGUACAACAGCCAGACAUUCACAGGAUUUGGAUUCAAAAUUGUACUUUAUUAUUAUUUUUUUUUUAGACAAAUAGUAUAUUUUUUAAUAAUUUUAUAUUUUAAAUAUACAUAUUUAAAUAUUAUUAUUAUUUUCAAUUUUGGCAAAUUAAACUUUUUAGUGCAGUUCCUACCAGGACAAGCGAUGAAAGCAAAUACAAAUUUAGUACAUAUUUUCAAAGUGUGGUUCAUUUUAGGUCCUCUAGUCGACUAACAAGAUCAUGGGUGCUUUGAAGAUUUGCUUACUGAAUUUAGAUUUUAGGCUAAAGACGGAGAGCUCAACAUGCACGUUGAGCAGGAUCUGACCAUAUGUGAAUACUUUUUAUCCUAUACCAGAAUUUCACACUUCUCCUGUAAGCGACAAAAUAUGGAUCUGGGAAGGUCAGUAGGUAAAGUUUAUAGCCGUACGUCCAGGUAGGGAGAGCUACUGCUAGGGCCUCUGCUUCAGUUUGAAAACAACGGUACAGUGAUUGUCCCUUAGGAAGGCCUCCAACCUGCAGCCAUUUUUACUGCUGUCUUUCCUGUUGACUUCUCUACCUCAGAUAGGUGUUUCCCCUGACCUGCAAUCCUCCAAGCACUGGAGGCUCUUCAGUUUUAGCAGAUGGUGCACAUUGAUCUGCUUGAUGCAAGGCUUGAAUUGCUGACCUUGAACAUUUUAAAGCCUUUUAAUAUACGAAUCACUAUGCUUUUGAACUGGGAGGGAUUGUGUUCCUGUAAGUAUGCUUUCCCACUGCUGCACAUUCUCUCAAAACGUAGGGCAGCACAGUACGGCACAGCCUCUUUCUAAUAGAGGUGGCGGCUAUGAUGGCCCAUGGACACUAAGAGCCUUCAGACGUUCUGAGAAAGUCUUAUUCACCUUUAACCCUUGCUUUGGACACAUAUUUUGAUGACCUAGGUUUGUCUUUACAGACUGUCCCAAAUUUCUUCAACAUGUAGCUAAUUCUGCAUGGAAUACGGACCCAGUAUUAAGAUAUUCAUCAAGGAUUUCAUUCCAAAGGGCAAACACCUUCCCGGCUUCGUUGGUAACCCACCAUCUUAUGCUAAGCUGCAUCCAGAUCGCAUUCACAGUGCUUCACUUUGUCCACAUUUAUUUCAGUGCAAACUGAUUUAAAUUAAUAAUGUCCCACAUCUGACAGUGCUUGUCAGCACAAACCAAGCACGAAGUCAGUCUGUAGUUCCGAGACCGGAUUGUCUCAAGGCACAAAUCUGGGAAUCCACUAAUCAGGCAUUUAUGGUAGGUUGGGUCGGAUGGAAGCCACUCCUUCACAAGUUGCAUGGCAGCCCACCUGGAGUUUGUCAAAAGGCACCUGAAGGACACUUGGACAAUGUAAAAUAGAUUUCUCUGGUGGGCAUGAAUGCUAGGUCUUUGGAUGAAACCAGGCACCAUUCAUGUGCCAUCCCAAUACAAUUUUUUAGCAGUAGGAAAUGGGAGACUAUUCAGGAUGGGGAGAAAGAUGACAGCAGAAUUGGCAGAGACAUUCUGGACAACAACCUCAAUCUGGAGCGAUAGUUCUUCUUUUGGCAGAACUCUGCCCAAGCAUCCAGCCAAGAUAUCAAGGGUGUGACUUCAGGACACUUAUUUGAAUGUCCUUGAGUGGCCGAGUCUUGGUCGGAUUGUUUAUUUCUGAAAAGAUCUGAAAAUGACUGUGUGCCAGUUUCCCAUCCAACCUGAUAGAGAUUGAGAGGUUUUGCAAAAAACAAUGGACCAAACUGUCCAAAGAUAGGUGGGCCAAGCUUCUUGGUUUUUAAAAUAUCAGCGAAAAUCUCAACAUUUUUUCACAUUGUCAUUAUGGGGUGUGUGUUUAGAGCUUUAAAUAAAAACUAAAUUGAAUCCAUUAUGGGACACAACUGGAGAAAAGGGAAGCACUGAUUACUUUCUGGGUGGACUGGAAAUGCUGUAUUCAGCUGAGAUGAAACGACCAGGUAUGACGAACGAUUCCUUCUAGGGUCCUCCAUUUGAUACUUCAGACAUUGAUUGAGAGCACUUUGACUUUCUCCCAUGGAUGUUCAGAAUAAAUCGUGUUUUGUGAAUUGUCUUAAUGAUUGAUGAGCUGUUUAAAUAGUUUAAGGCCUUUCUGUAAGGGAAUGUCCCUGUUUCUGAGAGCCAAGUGAAUCAUGUUGGUCUUAAUUGCUACUCAAACCUGCUUGGUUUGAGAUGUACCAAAGUAGCAGCUGGCUUUUUGCCACCAAACAGCACCAGUCCCCUGCCAUGAUGGGCCCCUUACACAGGAAGUAGUGUGCUUGUAGGCCAGGGAAAGCAACACUCAUGAUGAAGUGAUUUAGGUGAUCAUCUAAUAAUUGGCUUCCCAUACAACCUUAUCUAUAUUGUUUUCUGUAGUACAUUAUACAUUUUUGAUUUAGUUAGAGGUUCUUUAGUAACUUGCUUGUUUUUGUAUGCCGUGAUUUAUAAUUCUAGUUUUUUUCUUAAUUUUCAAGUUUGCGAUUUUGUAAUCACUGUGUUGACGUUUGCAUUUAUUAUGGGAUUGGGGUUUUUGUGGCGGGUACAUUAGAGUACUAGUUGGUCAUUGUUUAUAUAAAGUAGUUCCUGAACACGGAACCACAGUGUUUGACUUGGACUGAGUGUUGCUUCGAUAUGAAAACCAUCCUGAUCUCAGAAGAACAUCAGCUUAUCAGUAGAGUAAAUGGACACCAUCUGACUGCUUCACAUAUUGGAUUGUCUGUUCGACGACUUCAGAUUGACUGUUUUACGUUAGAUGACUUGAUUUUGUGAAGAUUUUUUUCUAGUCCAAAAUUUUAACCGGCACUUGUCUUUCAUGUGGGGAUAUGACAUGCCAACAUGUCAGUUCUUUCAUCCAUAAUGACCUACUUUUUGUACAUGCAAUAAAGAUUUUACACUUAA